AUGCAGAACCUCAACGACCGCCUGGCUAACUACCUGGACAAAGUGCGUGCCCUGGAGGAGGCCAACACUGACCUGGAGGUCAAGAUCAGGGAAUGGUACAAGAAGCAGGCACCUGGUCCAGACCGCGACUACAGCCCCUACUACAGGACUAUCGAGGAGCUCAGGAACAAGAUUCUUGCUGCAACUGUCGAAAAUGCCAACAUCGUCUUACAGAUUGAUAAUGCCAGGCUGGCAGCUGAUGACUUCAGAACCAAGUUUGAGACCGAGCAGGCUCUGCGCCUGAGCGUGGAGGCCGACAUCAACGGCCUGCGCAGGGUCCUGGAUGAGCUGACCCUGGCCAGAGCUGACCUGGAGAUGCAGAUCGAGAACCUGAAGGAGGAGCUGGCCUACCUCAAGAAGAACCACGAGGAGGAAAUGAAUGCCCUGCGCAGCCAGGUGGGUGGAGAGAUCAGCGUGGAGAUGGAUGCUGCUCCUGGAAUCGACCUCACCAAGAUCCUGGCUGAGAUGAGGGAGCGCACCAAGGUGAGCGGGCUCGCCGGCAGCGCACAUGGGUUUGCCUUGUUGCAGACGGAAGAGCUGAACCGGGAGGUGGCCAUCAACACGGAGCAGCUUCAGAGUGGCAAGACAGAGAUCACAGAGCUGCGACGCACCAUCCAGAGCCUGGAGAUCGACCUGCAGUCCCAGCUCAGCACAAAAGCGGCGUUGGAGGGCACCUUCGCCGACACAGAAGCCCGCUACGGCACCCAGCUGGCCCAGCUGCAGGGGCUGAUCACCAGCGUGGAGGAGCAGCUGGCCGAGCUGCGGUGUGACAUGGAGCGCCAGAACCAUGAGUACAGGGUCCUCCUGGACGUCAAAUGCCGCCUGGAGCAGGAGAUCGCCACGUACCGCCGGCUCCUGGAGGGCGAGGACGCCCACAUCUCUUCCCAGUACUCCUCCGCUAUGUCCUCACACUCGGGCAGAGAUGUCAUGACAUCUUCCCGUCAGGUCCGCACAAUCGUUGAGGAGGUUCAGGACGGGAAGGUGGUCUCCUCCCGGGAGCAGGUCGUUACUACCUGUUCCCAAGGCAGGAGCAGUGCGGGCAGCUCUGCGGCUGGUAGUGGAAUAAAGGUCUCCUCCGCCUCCUCGGGAAGACACGCUGCCUACGACUUAGGUGGUGCGGUUGGCAAUUUUUCUGGUGGCAGUAUAAGCGAGGGAUUGCUUGUGAAGCAGCUGAGCACCGGCAGUGCUACUGGUGGGAGCUUUGGAGCUACCCAGAGGGCUUGUUCUACCCUCGGAUUCAGCGGUGGAGGCAUCUGCACUCGAGGCGUUGGUGGUGGCUUCACCAGGGCCAGUGCUGGUUGCGGUGAUGGGAUCUUAUUCGCUAACAAUGAAAAGGCGACGAUGCAGAACCUCAACGACCGCCUGGCCUCCUACCUGGACAAGGUGCGACUCCUGGAGGGAGACAAUGCCGACCUUGAGUGCAAGAUCAGGGAGUGGUACGCCAAGGUAGGGCCCAGCUGCGAACCACGGGACUACAGCUGUUUUCAUAAGGAAAUCGAAGACCUUCAAAACCAGAUCCUCUGUGCAGCCAUGGAGACUAACAAAAUCCUUCUGAAUAUUGAUAACAACAGGAUGACUGCCGAUGACUUCCGAGUGAAGUACGAGACUGAAUGUGGUCUCCGGCAAAAUGUGGAUGCAGACAUUUGCAACUUGCGCCCCGUCCUGGAUCAGCUGGCCAGCUGCAAGACCGACCUGCAGCUGCAGUGUGAGGCUUUGACUGAAGAGAUGUGUUGUCUCAAGACGAACCACGAGGAGGAAAUGAACUGUCUGAGGAAACAGGCGACCGGAGAUGUGAGUGUGGAGGUCAAUGCCUGCCCUGGCCCAGACCUGAGGAAGAUCCUGGAGGAUCUGAGGUGCCAGUAUGAAACACUGAUGGAGCGUAACCGCAAAGAGACUGAGCAGUGGUAUGCCUGCAAGGUGGAGGAGGUGAAUCUGGAGGUCAUCACAAGCAGCCAGGAGAUCGAGUCAAGCAACAAACAGGUCACUGAGCUGAGACGUCAGCUGCAGGCCUUGGAAAUCAAUGUACAAGCCCAGCUCACCAUGAAAGAAAACCUGGAAUCCUCUUUGGCAGAAACCGAAUGUCGCUACAACAAAUACCUGGCUGAGCUACAGAGCCAGAUCUCCUGCGUGGAGCAGCGGCUGGCUGAAAUACGAGCAGAAAUGGAGUGCCAGAACCAGGAAUACAAGACCCUCCUGGACGUCAAAUGCCGCUUGGAGCAGGAGAUUCAGACCUACCACUGCCUGCUGGAGGGGGGACAGCACGACAUCAUGUACGCAGACUACAAACAGACCCGCGCGCAGUAAAAUCUCUAUGCUUUGACUUACAGGGGUAUGAAAAUUCGUGAUACAAAUGGUAAAAGCAACAC